AGUGGGGAAGGAUUGCCAGUGCUUUGGUGAUGAGAAGCUCCACGAUGAGCUGCCCUCCUGGCUGAAUUGGAUUAGUCCUUGGCUGUGCUUAAUAGGAAAAUGUCCAAAAGCCUUACUUUCCCUUAACAGAGACUACAUGAAGGCAUUCUGAGCUUUCCCUUGCCUCCGUUCAGUUGCUUGCAUCUCGCUGGCAGGUCUCAAAUCCACAAACCUCUCUUGGGGACUCCUGUGGAUGCCACAGCCUGGUGGGGCAUGAACAUGAGUGCAGCUGGGGUUGUGGUGAUGCCUCUAGCAGAGAUCCUUCUCCCAGGGGCUACCUACUACGAGGUCUGUUGGUAGAGCACAAGCAUGUCUGUGCAGCUGAGGCUUGCAGGGCAGCAGCCUGUAGGAGGAACACUUGGCCUCAGCCUGUGGAGCUCCGGCAGCACGAGCUUUGUGUUGACAGUGGGAAGUAACUGAUGACAGGGGCAGGCUACCCCUCCUUUCUGCUCUAUUUUCCACUCUUCAUGAGCUUGCAGUGGCCCUGCCAGGAGGGAAGGCCAGGACAAAGUCCCUGACUGUCAUCCUGUCCCCUCCAGCCCACUCACAAGGAAGCACCGUGUUAGGCAUUGACAGCGUCACUCAGCACUCCUGGAUUCAGCCCCAUCUCUUCUCCUCUGCCCAGGUGGCAGCUCUCAGGUUUCAGCCUCCCAAAGUCUGGGCUGAGGAACUCCUGGCUGGAAUUACUUUUGGCACGAUGGACCAUUUCUUCUAGAUGCACGCUUGUUUUAAUUUGGGUUUCCAAGUGUACCGGGAGUUGUAAUUGCAUAUACAGUCUGCAUAGAACCAGGAGGCAGAGCUGCAGGAGCAAGGGCCUCAUUUGAAGUGGAGGAUGGAAGGCAGGAAUAACCCUGGCAGCGCUGUCUCCACAGACAGGAGAGCUGCAGUGCGCUUCACAGCUCCACGCAGGACCUUCUGCAUCAUCCUGUCCAUCGCCUUGCUUUGUGCCGUUGGCAUCAGCAUCCUGGGGGUCCUCAUCUUCUCCCCCAGCUCUGCUGAGGCUGGCUCGCAGCUCGUCCGUCUGACACUUGAGGGCCAGCAGGACCUGCUGAGAAAUCAGACAGCUUUGGUGGACAAGUCCAGGAGCACCGUGACCUAUUACAUCACCUCACAGAGCAACCACACCGCCGUGGUGCUGUACGACAGCAGGAAUGGCUACGUGUGCUACAAGCCCAUGGAGCAGCAUGUGUGCUACCUGAAGAGGAUGGACUCCUGGGACCUCCAAGCCCUACAGACACCUCUCAACACGUCUGAGCAGAGAGCUGAUCAGCUGCUCCGUCUCAAUAACCAGACCAAGCACUACCAGGAGUUCCUGGGUGUUCUGGCAGGGGGAGAGGUGGACCCCCGGGGCCUGGGGGAGCCUGUGCAGAGCCUGUGUGAGCAGACACCCAUCUUCAGGGUCAGGAGAAGCGAGGGUCCAGGGAAGCAGCGCCUCAUCUACCUUUGCAUUGACAUCUGCUUUCCAAGCAACAUUUGUGUGUCUAUCUGCUUCUAUUACCUCCCCGAGUAAGUCCUGCAGCCGUGGAUUCCCUCUCUACAUACUUGAAGUGGAUUCCUGAGACACCUCUGAUUCCAAGGAAGGUAACAGUUCCACCACCCCCAGAGCUUCCUGAUCUCAUGCUGUUGGCAAAGACUGUUUAGAGAAUGACCAUAACUCUGCAGCUGACCAUGACAGACACUUUAUUUGCAGCUGUGCUCAGGCCUGCACUGUGUACGUAGGUAUUAGGAGAUCCAGGCCUAGAGGCAUUCUGUGGUGUAGCUCGUGUUACACGGCUACAAGCCCUGCUCAACACAAGGUUAUUACACUUGCUGGGGGGGUUGGCUUUGUAGCAGUGCAGCUCUCCCAGCGAGUCUGUGACUUACACUUUGAAUAAAGGGAUUGCAAACUAA